UCCUGGUCUUUGUUUAAAAAGCUCUGCCAGUAAAGCAUUAUACAUCCAUGCAGUAAGGGCUGUGGGGUUUUUUCGGUCUGUCUGCAGGAUUAUUACACACAUUAUUAUGGACUGUUAUGGGCUAUUUUACAGUGUUUCACCCUCGCCUGUAAAAUUACGCUUCAUCUUCGUCAUUUGGCUUUUUUCAUCCCUUGCUGCCGGUCAGCCUCAGGUGAUCGGUUCCCUUCAGCCAAUCAGAGCUGCUCCAGGUGAUGACAUCAUCCUCGCGUGCCACGUGGAGCCUCCGAUAGAUGUGUCAGGACUGACCGUUGAGUGGUCGAGGCCCGACCUGAAGCCGGACCCCAAAGACCGCCUGAGCAGAGUGGAUUACGUUCAUCUUUAUCGCGACAGAAGGGAAGUCACAGAUAUUAAGAUCUCGUCGUACGUGGGGCGCACGCUGCUGUCCACAGCGGGCCUGGGGAAAGGAGACAUAUCCCUCAAUAUCACCAACGUGACGCUUGAAGACGAGGGGAAAUUCAGAUGUUUCAUCCCGAAAUUAGAGGGUCAAAAAAAGUUUGCAAUCGUUAUUCUCGUUGUUGAGCAAAACUCCCCGACAACAGAGACACCACUGCAACCCAGAAAUCUCCAAACUCCUGAUCCUAAGGAAGAAACGGCCGAUAAAGGUGUGUCCAGUCGCAGCAAUGCGAUCCCAGUCAUAGUUUUCAGCUGCCUUUUGGGGAUCCUGUUUAUAGGAUUUUCAGUUUAUUUGGGUCGCAAACAUUUUCGAAAACCAGAAGUACCGAACAUGAUCUAAUUUAAUACUUGAAUAUAAAUCAGUUAUCAUUUCAUUGAUAAGUAUUCUCUGCUAGAAAACAUAUACUUUCUUCCUGUAUGUGAAAAGGAGACAGUUGAAUACUUAUUUAUUAUUCAUUUGCCCUGAAGCUCAUGUCUAGUGUACAUUGGUAGAUUUUGCUUCACAGAAAUUAUAAUACGCACUACGGAAAUGAACCUCUCCCACUACUGCAGAAGGAUAGCACUAAGUUGAAUUCAAUUUGACCCUGAUGUGGAAAGUUUUUAUACAACAUGAUAAAGGUGAUCAUUUCAAGCAAUCUUGGUAUUUCCAAGAAGCUUUAUCAUGCGCCUUCAGCAGGACAUACACAGAAAGGUCCAUUUGAACUCUGCUCUUGGUGUUUGAUGCUCUCUUAAAGUGCCUAAAUACUUCAGUAAGUACUUGUUCAUGACUCCUUUAAUUUCCCUUGAUUUUUUUCAGUUGUUAUUUAAGUAUUGAAUACAUGUUCAAUGUGUGUGUAGCAUGAGGGUGGGGCAGCUUAUAAUUUAUUUAUUGUGUUGUUAUAAAUGUUCUAACAAUGACUGAUUUGUAUUCUAAAAUGUUCCAAAGAGGCUGGACCUGUUUAUUUUUUCCACUUUACAUAAUUUUGUAAAGGUUCUUUCUGUGUGCAGUGUUUUGCUCUGUGUGUAAAAAUAAUCAGCAUAGCGUUAAACGUUACCUGUUCACGCUGUUUAACGAGGUAUUGUUCAUCUUUUAAGUUAUUUUUGGAUGUAUUUAAGUUAUUCCGUUAGUGUUUUCAAUCAUUAUCCAAGACUUUAUCCAAUGUUACUUGAGAUUGUUUCAAAAUGAGUUCAUUUGUUACGACAUUUUGAAGUAUAACCUUUGUGACCACAUAAUAGUUGCCAAAUAAAAACAGUGUGUUUGCAUCAUGUGUGCUGUUGGUAAUAUCUGUGCGGGAGUUCAGUGUUUACUCAACAAGGGAAAGGUCUUUUAAGCUGACAGUAGAUCUAACCCUCCUUAUCGUAUUUAUGUAUGUGUUUAUUAUAAAACAGUCAUUUACU